UAAUAAACCAUUUUUCUUCUUCCAAGUGUUUGGCUAACAUAAAAUUUGUCCAAACGAUGUUUGUGUUAAUCCAACAUAAUUUCAAGAACCUUCAUACAACAACUAUUUAAGCUUGAUUUAUAAACCAUAAUAAUAACAACUACUAAUAACAACAACUACUAACACCUUUCUGGAAUCUUCAAGACCAAAAAAGAAAAUGACAAAAAAAAAAGUACUGGAAGUCUCUUAGUUUUUACAUAUUUAAACAAGUCUUUACCAAUACCAAGUUACCAACUUCUCAAACAUUAAACACAUUACUAUUACAAAUUCAAACAACAUUGCAAGAUUGAGUUUUUAAGACAAUAAUGUCUACUACUGCCACUGCCUUAUCUCUCUCCCUCUCACUCCCUCCCUUAUACAAAUCCCAAUACACUUCAUCAAAGGAUACCCAUGUCCCAAAAUUCACAAACAGACAAGACUCAUGUCCCCAAACCCCCUCAGAAUUCAAACUCAGUAGAAGAAAUUUGAUAAAGUUUACUACUUUAGGCAUUACAGGAACAGGGUUCUCUGUUUUUAGCUCCCCUGCAAAGGCAGCUGAGCCAGAGAGCCCUGUUUCAUCAACUUCAAAUAGAAUGUCUUACUCAAGAUUCUUGGAGUACUUAGAUGAAGGAGCUGUAAAGAAAGUUGACCUUUUUGAGAAUGGUACUGUAGCUAUUGCUGAGAUAUACACUCCUGCACUGGAGAAGAUCCAAAGGGUCAAAGUUCAGUUACCUGGAUUGCCAAGAGAAUUAUUAACCAAAUUGAAAGAGAAGAAUGUUGACUUUGCUGCUCAUCCUUUGGAGGUCAGCAUGUGGCCUGCUGUACUUGAUUUGUUGGGAAACUUGGCAUUUCCAUUGAUAUUAAUUGGAGCAUUACUCUUAAGGAGUUCAGGAUCAAACACACCUGCUGGUGGCCCAAACUUACCAUUUGGUCUAGGAAGGAGCAAAGCCAAAUUUCAGAUGGAACCAAAUACAGGGGUGACAUUUGAUGAUGUUGCUGGAGUUGAUGAAGCAAAGCAAGAUUUUCAAGAGAUUGUAGAGUUCUUAAAGACCCCAGAAAAGUUUGCUGCCGUGGGGGCUAAGAUUCCGAAAGGAGUUCUGCUAGUAGGGCCACCAGGAACAGGGAAGACACUGCUAGCCAAGGCCAUUGCAGGGGAGGCCGGGGUGCCUUUCUUCUCGCUUUCGGGAUCAGAAUUCAUUGAGAUGUUUGUAGGAGUUGGGGCUUCGAGAGUGAGAGACUUGUUCAACAAGGCGAAAGCCAAUUCGCCAUGCUUGGUGUUCAUUGAUGAGAUUGAUGCUGUUGGAAGACAGAGAGGAACCGGCAUUGGUGGUGGAAAUGAUGAGAGAGAGCAGACUUUGAAUCAGUUGUUGACUGAAAUGGAUGGCUUUAGUGGAAAUAGUGGAGUGAUCGUCAUUGCUGCCACUAAUAGGCCUGAAAUUCUCGACUCUGCUUUGCUUAGGCCUGGUAGGUUCGACAGACAGGUAAGUGUGGGUUUACCUGAUAUAAAAGGAAGAGAAGAGAUUUUGAAAGUGCAUAGCAACAACAAGAGGCUUGAUAAAGAUGUUUCUCUUAGUGUAAUAGCCAUGAGAACACCAGGCUUCAGUGGAGCUGACUUGGCAAACCUCAUGAACGAAUCAGCCAUUCUUGCUGGUAGGAGAGGCAAACCCAAGAUUACAAUGAAAGAAAUCGACGACUCAAUUGAUAGGAUAGUCGCCGGAAUGGAAGGAACAAAAAUGACUGAUGGCAAGAACAAAACUCUUGUGGCUUAUCAUGAAGUUGGCCAUGCAGUGUGCGCGACAUUGACUCCUGGUCAUGACCCAGUUCAGAAAGUGACACUUAUUCCUAGAGGACAAGCACGUGGCCUUACUUGGUUCAUGCCAGGAGAAGAUCCCACUCUUGUCUCUAAACAACAACUGUUCGCAAGAAUAGUUGGUGGUCUUGGAGGUCGAGCUGCUGAGGAAAUUAUCUUUGGAGAACCAGAGAUAACCACUGGUGCUGCUGGUGAUUUACAACAAAUCACCCACAUAGCUAGACAGAUGGUAACAAUGUUUGGAAUGUCGGAGAUUGGGCCGUGGGCAUUGACAGAGCCAGCAGCGCAAAGCAGCGACGUGGUGCUGAGAAUGAUGGCCAGAAACUCCAUGUCUGAAAAGCUUGCGGAGGAUAUUGAUUCCUCCGUGCGACGUAUAAUCGAAAGUGGUUAUGAGGUUGCUAAAACUCAUGUGAGGAAUAACAGAGAUGCAAUAGACAAAGUAGUUGAGGUUUUACUAGAAAAGGAGACUCUAAGUGGAGAUGAGUUCAGAGCAAUCCUCUCUGAAUUUACUCAAACUCCCAUCAAGGUUAACAAAAUCCCUCAACAUUGCCUUUCUCUACUCAACCGUUGUUCUUCCCUAAAACAACUCUCUCAGAUUCAAGCUCGACUCCAUUUCUUCGGCCUUCACCGCGACUCAUACAUCCUUUCAGAGCUUGUCCGAUUCUGCGCAAUCUCUUCUUCCAAAUACUUCGCCUAUGCUCGAACCCUUCUCUUUCGUACCCAAAUAUCACGCCCUUCUUCAUGGAAUUUCCUCAUCAGAGCCUACGCUUCCAGCCAUUCACCCAGAGAAGCCAUCUGGGUGUUCCGUGAAAUGAGAGUAAGGGGAAUCACACCCAACAAUCAUACCUUUCCUUUCAUUUUCAAAGCUUGCACUUCCAUUACUGCGCUAAAAGAAGGGAAGCAGGCCCAUGUGGAUACCUUUAAGUUUGGUUUGGAUGGGGAUGUGUAUGUUAACAACACUUUGAUUCACUUUUAUGGCUCUUGUAGGAAGAUUGAGGAUGCCCGGUACGUGUUCGAUGAAAUGCUUGAACGAAGUGUUGUUUCUUGGAAUUCUGUUAUAACUGCUUGUGUUGAGAAUUCGUGGUUUAGUGAUGGAAUUGAGUAUUUUGUGAAAAUGAGAGGUAAUGGGUUUGAGCCUGAUGAGACUACUAUGGUGGUCUUGCUUUCUGCUUGUGCUGAGAUUGGGAACUUGAGUUUAGGAAAAUGUGUUCAUUCUCAUGUGAUUGGAAGAGGGUUGGUUGUAAAUUGCAAACUUGGUACUUCCCUUGUUGACAUGUACGCCAAAUCCGGGGCUUUGGAUUAUGCCAAGUUACUGUUUGAUAGGUUGAAAGAGAGAAAUGUUUGGACUUGGAGUGCUAUGAUUUUAGGACUAGCUCAACAUGGAUUCGCCGAAGAAGCUCUUGCCCUUUUCGCAAAGAUGAUGAACUCUUCCAUAUCGCCAAACUACGUCACUUUUCUUGGUGUCCUCUGUGCUUGUAGCCACACUGGUCUCGUCCAAGAUGGCUAUCGUUACUUUCGCGAAAUGGAACAUACUCAUGGAAUUAAGCCAUUGCUAAUACAUUAUGGUGCCAUGGUCGAUGUUUUAGGCCGCGCUGGUCGUUUGAGUGAGGCUUAUGCUUUCAUAAAGAACAUGCCUGUCGAGCCCGAUCCCAUUGUUUGGAGGACACUGCUUAGUUCGUGCACCACGCAUGGUGUCAACGACGAGGAAGGUGUGGGAGAUAAAGUGAGGAAGAGGUUGCUUGAAUUAGAGCCUAGAAGAUGUGGGAACCUUGUGAUGGUGGCAAAUAUAUAUGCUGAAGUUGGGAUGUGGAAUGAAGCAGCUGAUGUUAGAAGAGUUAUGAGAGUUGGGAGGAUGAAAAAAGCUGCUGGGGAGAGUUGUAUCGAGUUAGGUGGAUCGAUUCGUCGAUUCAUCUCUGGCUAUGAUUUAGAAGCUGACUAUGUCAAUGUCUACCAACUACUUGAUGUACUUAACUUGCACAUGAAGAUGAUCAACUUAUAACCUUUUUUCACCAUUUUUUUUUCUCUUAUUCUGACUGUAAAUGUGAAAGCUUGGAAUAGAGCAUUGGGAAAGCAA